UCUUGGUAGGAGUGGGAGAGUCUGGGGUGCAAAUCUCGCCCCGGGGACAAUCUGAAACAAACCAAUAAGAGCUAAGCCUCAUGUGCAGGCAGGCAGCCAGAUGUUGAGAGACACUGGUAACUUUACGUAGGAAUACCUCCAAGGCUACGUUGUCGUCCUUGACGGAAUACGGAGAGGAGAGCAGUGUCAUCCCACCCACGGCGAAUUGCCAACAUACAGAAACGAAGGACAUACUCGUGUACAGGGAGGUCUGCCUGCCAGAGUUGUAGAAGUUCGUUGCGCACGGAGAACUUGGUGUGAGUUUGUGAGGGAUGAUGGCAUCUCUUGCUGAGCUGCUCGUGAAAUCACUGAAGAACCUGAUAGAAGCUGAACUCAAGGAGUUUCAUUGGCAUUUGAAGAUUGCAUAUCAUAAGCAUUUUUCAAAGUCUGAAAUGGAAAAAGCAGAUGUAUUCGACACAGUGGAUAAGAUGGUGGCAUGCUUUGGACCAGAAAAAGCAGUGAAGAUCACAGUGGAUGUCCUAAAGAAGAUGAACCAGAAUAAUCUGGCAGAACAGUUGGAGAAUGAAUACAAGCAAGGUCAGACUGAGGGCGAUAUGAAUGCAUCUUUCACUGCUGGAGAGCUGCAAAGCAUCUUAGAAACUCAUAAAACAAACAUGAAGAAGAAAGCUGAAUACAUUUUUGAGGGCAACAAAGAAAAUGAAGCACAACUCAAGGAUGUUUACACAGAACUGUUCAUCACAGAGGGAGAUAUGAAAGAUGUUAAUCACGAACAUGAGAUUCUGAAGAUUGAUGAUGCUUUCAAGAACAAAAAAAUGCAAAAUAAGCCCAUUAAAUGCAAUGAUAUAUUUGCAGAGCUGAGAAAAAACCAUGAGGAGAAGAUUGUUCUGACUAAAGGAAUCGCUGGCAUUGGAAAAACUGUCUCUGUGCACAAGUUCAUUCUGGACUGGGCAGAAGGAAAAGCCAAUCAAGAUAUACACUGUGUGUUCCUGCUUCCAUUCAGAGAGGUCAAUGUGAUAAAAGACAAAGAGGUCAAUCUUCAUGAGUUUCUGAUGAAAUUUUAUCCCAAACUGAAGGACCUGGAGAAAUCAAAAUUAUAUAAGGGUUGUAAGCUAGCAUUUAUAUUUGAUGGACUGGAUGAGAGUCAAUUGCCACUGAAUUUUAAAAGUGAUACACUGAACACUAUUGAGGAAAGAGCAUCUGUGGAUGUGCUGUUUACAAGUCUGGUCAAAGGGACUCUGCUUCCAUCAGCUCUUGUCUGGGUGACAUCACGACCAGCAGCAGCCAAUCAGAUCCCUCCUCAGUAUGUAGGUUUGUUCACCGAGGUGCGAGGAUUCACUGACCAACAGAAGGAGGAGUACUUCAGAAAGAGAUUCACAGAUGAGAGUCUGUCCUCCAGAAUCAUCUCACACAUUAAGACGUCUCGUAGUCUCUACAUCAUGUGCCACAUUCCUGUGUUCUGCUGGAUCACAGCCACAGUACUUCAGGAUAUUCUCACUGAGAACAAUGAAGAGAACAUCAGCACAACACUCACUGAAAUGUACAUUCACUUCCUGCUGAUACAGAUGGACAUGAAGAACCAGAAAUAUGAUGAACAAGAAGAAAGAGAAUGUAUAGAGUGUUUACAAUUAAAUAAAGAGAAGAUUUUAAAGUUAGCUAAGUUAGCGUUUGAACAACUAAAGAAGGAAAACAUUGUGUUCUAUAAGGAAGAUCUGAAAGAUUGUGGUAUUGAUGCAAAUAAAGACGUCGAGCCCACAGGAAUGAUUGCUGAGAUCUUCAGAAGGGAACACAGACUUCAUGGAGCAAAGGUCUUCUGCUUUGUGCAUCUGAGUGUUCAAGAGUUCCUUGCUGCAGUGCAUGUGUUCAUCUGCUACCUGAACAAGAACAUGCAGGAGCUUCAGUUUUUUUUUGAUGAGCCAGAAGAAAAUCUCACAUUAAAGAAAUUACUGCAAAAGGCAGUUGAAAAAGCCAAGGAGAGUCAGAAUGGACAUCUGGAUCUUUUCCUGCGGUUUCUGAUGGGCAUUUCACUGCAAUCAAGUCAAAACCUACUCAAAGGCCUGAUCCCACACACUGAAGACACUACAGAGAGCAUCACAAAAAUAACUGAAUACAUUAAACAAGAACAAAACAUAUACGAUAUCUCAGAUGAAGCUUCAGUCAACUUAUUCUACUGCUUACUUGAGCUCAAAGAUCAUUCAUUAUAUGAGGAAAUCCAGAGAUACCUCAGUUCAGAUGAACAUUCAGAAAGAAAUCUCUCAUCUUCAAUGUGCACAGUGUUGACCUACAUACUGCUGAUGUCAGAGAAGGUGCUGGAUGAGUUUAACCCAAAGAGGUUCACAUUACGUCAAGCAGGCUACACAAGACUCAUUCCAGCUGUGAGAUACUGCAGAAGAGCCUUAUUUGAUGGCUGUGGACUUGAUGAAACAUGCUGUGAAACCAUGUCUUCUGCCCUACAAUCAAACUCCCAACUGACAGAGCUGAAUCUAAGAAGCAAUCAUCUGCAGGAUUCAGGAGUGAAGCUGCUUUACGAUGGACUGAAGAGUACAAAUUGUCAACUGAACAUACUGAGGUUGUGUGGCUGUAAUCUCACUGCUCAGUCUUGUGAGAGUUUAUCAUUAGCUUUACAAUCAUCAAACUCUGUCCUGAGAGAACUGGACCUGAGUAACAAUGACCUGCAGGAUUCAGGAGUGAAGCAUUUUUCUGAAGGACUGAAGAGUCCAAACUCUAAGAUGGAUAUUUUAAGAUUGUCCAUCUGUAAUCUAACUGCACAGUCUUGUGAGAGUUUGUCAGCAGUUUUACAAUCAUCGAACUCUGUCCUGAGAGAACUGGACCUGAGUAACAAUGACCUGCAAGAUUCAGGAGUGAAGCUGCUUUCUGAAGGACUGAAAAGUCCAAACUCUAAGCUGGAGAUACUGAGGUUGUCUGGCUGUAUGGUGAAAGAGGAAGGCUGUCAUUACAUGUCUUUAGCUCUGACUUCAAACGCCUCACACCUGAGAGAGCUGGAUCUGAGCUACAAUCAUCCUGGAGAUUCAGGAGUGAAGCUGCUCUCUGAAAAACUGGAGGAUCCAAACUGCUCACUGAACAAACUCAAUGUUGAUCAUGGAGGAGAAUCCAGGAUUACAGCAGGACUGAAGAAAUAUGCCUGUUUUUUCACACUGGAUCCAAACACAGCAAACACUCGUCUCAAACUGUCUGAGGAGAACAGAAAAGUGACUCCUGGGUUUGGGUCAUAUCCUGAUCAUCCAGACAGAUUUAAUAAUGUUUAUCAGGUGUUGUGUAGAGAGAAUGUGUGUGGACGCUGUUACUGGGAGAUCGAGUGGACUGGAAAUGCGUGUAUAUCAGUGUCAUAUAAGAGCAUCAGCAGGAAGGGAGGCAGGAAAGAGUGUGUGUUUGGAAAUAAUGAUCAGUCCUGGAGUUUGGACUGCUUUCCCUACAGUUACUCAUUCAGACACAAUAACAUAGAGACAAAUCAGCAUAUGAGGCCCAUCUUAAGCAGAAUAAGUAAAACCAAGAAAGGUACUCGUGGUAAUAUCUACAAAGUAGGAGUGUAUGUGGAUGAGAGCGCAGGGACUCUGUCCUUCUACAGCAUCUCUGACACAGUGAGCCUUAUCCACACAGUCCAGACCACAUUCACUCAGACACUCUGUCCUGGGUUUAGUGUUCAUUUGUCUGUAUCAUCAGUGAAACUGUGUUGAUGAAUCAGAAGAGACUGAUGAGAUUCUACCCAAAUUUUGAGCUGCAUGAUGAAAUGAAUACUGCAGCUCACCUUUUCACAUACAUUUUACAAAUAAACAAUAUAAAAAUACAUAUAAAUAACAGAAUGUGUCAGAAAUAUUCAGAUCAAUGUGUGUGUUUUGUUUGUUAUCUCAGUCAUUUGUUCUGUAUCUGUAAAAAAUUCACAAAUAUGAUUGAGGAAGAAAUGUUUCUGUCUGAAUAAAUAAUAAUGGUAAUAGUGUCA